GGGCGCGCGGGACUGGUAGAGCUGGCGGCGGCGUCCGGCUAGCAGUGCUGCCCGCGCUUCCCGGCCUCCGCGCCCACUGUCCGUGCCCGCCUUGCCCAUCCCACCAUGGCCGCAGCCGCCCUCCCGCCCCGGCCUCGGCCCGGGCCUGGGCCCCGGCCGCUGCCUCUGCUCCUGCUGCCUCUGCUGCUGCUGCUGCUGCUGCUGCUGCGUGCCAGCCCGGUGCGCGCUGACAGUAAGGUGUUCGGCGACGUGGACCAGGUGCGCAUGACCUCGGAGGGCUCAGACUGCCGCUGCAAGUGCAUCAUGCGGCCGCUGAGCAAGGACGCGUGCAGCCGGGUGCGCAGCGGGCGGGCGCGAGUGGAGGACUUCUACACGGUGGAGACUGUGAGCUCCGGCACCGACUGCCGCUGCUCCUGCACCGCGCCGCCCUCCUCGCUCAACCCCUGCGAGAACGAGUGGAAGAUGGAGAAACUCAAGAAACAGGCACCCGAGCUCCUCAAGCUGCAGUCCAUGGUGGAUCUCCUGGAGGGCACCUUGUACAGCAUGGACCUGAUGAAGGUGCACGCCUACGUCCACAAAGUGGCUUCCCAGAUGAACACGCUGGAAGAGAGUAUCAAGGCCAACCUGAGCCGGGAGAACGAGGUGGUGAGGGAGAGCAUGCGCCACUUCAGGGAGCAGCUGGGGCACUACGAGAACCACUCAGCCAUCAUGAUGAGUAUCAAGAAGGAGCUCUCCAGUCUGGGCCUCCAGCUGCUGCAGAAGGACGCGGCCACGGCGCCCGCCGCUGCCCCAGCCCCCAGGCCUGGCAGUAAGGCUCAGGACACAGCUGGAGGGAAAGGCAAAGACAACAACAAAUAUGGCAGCAUGCAGAAGAGCUUUGUAGACAAGGGCCUCCCAAAACCUCCUAAGGAGAAGCUGCUGAAAGUGGAGAAGCUGAAGAAGGAGGGCAAGGGCAGACUCCCCCAGACCACAGCCAAGCCCCGGGCCCUGGCCCAGCAGCAGGCUGUGAUCCGAGGCAUCACCUACUACAAGGCGGGCAGAAAGGAGAUGACCGAGGCCAUGGCUGAUAACGCCCUCAAGGGCACUUCCUGGCUGGAGCAGCGGCCGCCCCGGGUGGAGGGCAGGCAGCCUGAGCCCAACUCAGCAGAGCGUGACGAGACUGGGCCCAGGGCCUCUGAGGGAGCGGACUUGGCCCCUGGCACCCCUGCCUCGGAUCCCACCCCCACCCCUACCCUGACUCCCAUCACCAGUCCCCUGCCCACCACGCCACCUUCACGCCCAGAAGUCCCCAGCCAAGGCAGAGAGACGAGCUGCGAGGGCACCCUCCGGGCCGUGGACCCCCCUGUGAGACACCACAGCUAUGGGCGCCAUGAGGGAGCCUGGAUGAAGGACCCCGCUGCGAGGGAUGACAAGAUCUAUGUCACCAACUACUACUAUGGAAACAGCCUGGUGGAAUUCCGCAACCUGGAAAACUUCAAGCAAGGCCGCUGGAGUAACAUGUACAAGCUGCCCUACAACUGGAUCGGCACAGGCCACGUGGUGUACCAGGGCGCCUUCUACUACAACCGCGCCUUCACCAAGAACAUCAUCAAGUACGACCUGCGGCAGCGCUUUGUGGCCUCCUGGGCGAUGCUGCCCGACGCGGUGUACGAGGACACCACACCCUGGAAGUGGCGCGGCCACUCGGACAUUGACUUCGCCGUGGACGAGAGCGGCCUGUGGGUCAUCUAUCCUGCUGCGGAUGACCACCACGAGGCCCAGUCCGAGGUGAUCGUGCUGAGCCGCCUGGACCCCGGCGACCUGUCGGUGCACCGUGAGACCACGUGGAAGACGUGGCUGCGGCGAAACUCCUACGGGAACUGCUUCCUGGUGUGCGGCAUCCUGUACGCCGUGGACACCUACAACCAGCGGGAGGGCCAUGUGGCCUAUGCCUUCGACACGCACACGGGCACCGACGCCCGCCCGCAGCUGCCCUUCCUCAACGAGCACGCCUACACCACCCAGAUCGACUACAACCCCAAGGAGCGGGUGCUCUACGCCUGGGACAACGGUCACCAGCUCACCUAUACCCUCCACUUCGUGGUCUGAGCGAGACCUGGGCUCACGGGAGAGGAGUGGCCGUGGGCAUGGGGGGCUCCCCACAGUGACUCCUGCAAGGGACUCCCUCAGCAAAUAUUUAUUUACUGGGCCCAGGCCUGGAGCUAGGUGCUAGGCAGUGGGCACAGCCAGCGUCAAGCUUCCUCAACACUCAGUGGAGUAAUAAUCACUUACAUUUGCACAGCACUGCCAAGAGCUUCAUGUGCACUAACCCACUUAAUCCUCCUGACACCCUUGGAGGUAGAGACAGUUAAGCCCAUUUAACAGGUGAGGAGACUGAGGCCUCACUUUUGAUCCGGCAAACCCAUUUUACAGAUGAGACCUGACCAUGCUCUACCCUAACCUCUCCCCUACCUCCAACCCUCUCCCCUCUCCCCUCAUUUCUCUUGUUCUCUCAAGUCUAUCUCCCUUCCCCGGGGCUACUCAAAACCAGAGGCCUUUGGGACCAACACACUAGUGUUGGGUGGAGGCCCAGCUCUGCGUGCCACCCCAGGCCCCUGUUCUGACGGAGCUGUUGGUGGCCCUGGGGCUUUGGGCCCUUUGGCUAAUGGGCUAAUGUCCUUGUUCCAUGCCUUUGGCCAGCCCCCAAUCCCCACCCCACCCGCUGUCUGACCACAUUCCAAACCUCCACAGUCACCCAGCCACUGAGCAGAAACCACACCCCGAGAAAAAAUACCAGCCCCCGUUCCAAGACCCCCCGCCCCGUACUCAUUUUUAUUUUCUCUUAUUCUUCAUCAGUGCCGUCACUUGUUUCUGCAGCAGCAGCUGAGAAGGCUGCAGGCAGCUGCCUGUCAGCAGCGACUCUACCAGGGUGGGGAACUGGGCCAGGCCCCGAGGCUCCCUUUUCACCCAGAAGUGCUGGCUUUGGCCACAUACCCAGGCUGUGGGACCUCUCCCCAGUCCCUCCCAGAGCCUUUGCGCCUGGGGUCCACCUCAUCCUUUCUCUCUGGGCCUUUGAACCCACAACCUAUACGCACUCAGGGAUACCUCCAGGUCGGCCACGAGCAAGACCCUAGGCCUGAGGCUGGGUGGCACCAGGAUGAAACAGGUUUCUUCUUCCUUGUCAGUCCUAACCUGGUUAUUUGGUGGGCUGGCCUGGGGGACCGGGGGAGGCUGAGAUCUGGGCAACCAGGUCCAGAGGAGGCUUCGGACCUUCUGGGUGCAGGGAGGAGUCAGAGGUGAAAGCUGGGAGGGAAGGAGAAAGGGAUCUGUGGAUCAGACUUUUCCUGGCUUCAGAGAUAAUGGUGCCAGGGCUGCCCCGAGCCCAGGACUUGGGGCUGAGGGUGCACAGGUGGGCUCCCCCGAGCCUCAGACCCAGCAGCCCCGGGGACAAGACCUUCAGGCCUGCCCCACAUCUGCUUUGAACAGUAUUUUUAGAACUGGAAGAAGUUCUCCGGUCUGACUCCCUAUAUCUACAAAGGAGAAAUAGGCCCAGAAAGGUUUAGAGAAUGGCUCAGGGCCACACUGGGAACAGGACCCAGCUGAUCUCCUUCCAGAAGGGCUUUGUCUUUAUCCUUUAUUCUCCACGCUCAGAGGCAGCUAGGCAAUAGACCACCCAGCACCCAAGUCAUCCCAACACCUUUGAGGGGUGUUUACUGCUGAUCUCUACACAACCCCGGACCCUGCUUCUUUCAUUCUGUCCCCAUGCCAGCUCCCAGGUAUCUGUAUAUAUGAACACCCAGCUGCAUACCCAAGAGUGUAAAGAAAUGCAUUUUGUGCAGGAUACAUUUCUUUCAGGCAUUGUCAGGUGAUGUUGUUUUGUUUAAGCCGUAACUCACUCCCGAAGUAAAGGGGAAUGAUGGCGCCCAGCCAAGCAAGGCCUGACUCAUAGUGGCGGACACAUCCAGCCUCCCCCGCCCAACUGAACUCUGAGGGCUCCACUUAGAAACUCUUCAGGGGGCUGCAAGUCCCAGCGUUUCCCUUGGCCCUGGGUGUGGGUUUUAGAAGACUCUGUCUUUCGCGAUAUCACAGCCCAACCACAUGAGAAAUGUUCAGGCUCCUCUUUCCCCAUUAGUCUUAGAAAAGGGAAAGUUGGAAUGCACCAAUUUUGGAAAAGGACAAGCAAAAUGGUUUUCUCGGGGAGAGGAUGCUGGCUGCAGCCUCUAAACAUUCACUAAGCCCCUUCUGUUUUCAGGCCCUUGUAUGUGGGUUAUGUUGUAGGUACAGUUAUUUUCCUCAUUUUACAGAUAGUCAAACUGGAGCCCAGAGAGGUUAAGUGGAGGCAGGGUCAAGUGGAAAGCCAGGUUUCCAAAUCGGUAAUAUAACCUGAGCAUCAACAGUGGGCUAAGCAAGCCAUGUGCAUAUUCUUGCAUCUUCACAACAGUGGAAGGGAUGUACUCUGAGUGUGUCCAUUUUACAGACGAGGAAACUGAGGUAAAGGGACUUACCCAAGCAUAACAGCUUAGCCUGUAGCACAGUCAGGUUUUCAGGGCUGGUCAGCACACGUUCUUUGCCAACUCUGUGUCACUCUAGCAGCAGCUCCAGAAAUGGUGGUCGUUGCUUUUAACCAGUGUAGCCAAGCCACGAAUUGCAUCUACAUAGGAGACCCAAGAAGGAGGUUGGGGUCAGUUUAUAAAGAGCCUUGAAUGCCAAACCAGAGAAAAGAAAAUUCCAAGACAACUGGAUUUUGUUCUAUCGGUGACAGGAGGCAGGGAAGAGUUUUUGUUGUGGGAUUUAUUACAGUCGGUAACAGGUACUUCAAACAAAGAAGGAGAGGGCUAGCUUUUCCUACCGACCUCAGCUGUGACAGCAAAGGAAGUUGUCUCUGGUGUUUCUGAACAACAUGCUACGUGAAGGGGCUUUGGCUGCCACCUUUGAGUCCUCCCAAGAGAUUUCUAGACCUUAAUAUUUAAUUUGCUCUGUCUGGGAGGCAGCCCUAAAGGUGAGGCUGGGCGUUUUUCCUGGGAAUGACUUGAGGGCUACUGAAAGCCCGUAUGUUCUAAAGCACCUUUUCCUCCAUGACAGCACUGGAAACCACUCUGGUGACAGGAGGACACAGCACUGGAUGGUUGUCAGGGAGCCCUGGAUAGGAGUUAGGGAGUACUAGGUUAGAAUCCAGCUAUGCUUCUGACAUGCUGCACAGAGGGGACAGAUGUCAACUCCCUUUUAUGGCUGAAGACCUGCAGCUUAGUGAGGACAAAGGGCAGCUGAGGGCCCAAGCAGUACCCUCCUAGAGCUAGAAGUCACCUUUACAUACAUUAUCACUAAUCCACCCAGGAACCCCAAGGUUGGCAUUACUUUUCCCUAUUACAGGGAGUGAACCUCAAGUUCAGAAGCGUUAAGCAACCUGCUCAGGGUCACAAAUCUAACAAGUAGUAGAGUCAAGAGUUGAACCAGGUCUGUUUUUACACCAAAGCCCCAAACUAACUGUUGUUAGGAAUUUUGUAACCAGUCAGGUUUUCUUCCUUGCUCUGGCUAAUGGGAAGCUCAAAGUCAAAUUUGAGAUUAUUUUUAACAAUUGUACUGGGUCUCCUACUGGACUCUGGCUUCAUUCUGGCUUUCUGCUUUUACCUUUACCCUGAUCUCUUUAUUUUUAUUAUAUUGUAUUUUAUCUAUUUUUGUAAAUUGCCACAAUACCUUUUUUUGCAACAAGGUGGAAUAUACCUAAAUAAAUACGUGAUCAAAAGCUUGAUUUAAAAGUCUUGACUAAAUGCUAUGGUCUGCAUCCUUAUCAUAACACAGACAUUUAAUUACUUUAAAACAAUACUUUGUUAUGAGAAUCGGCCUUGUUGCUAGAAACUGAUCUGGAUUAUGAACUAGGGCAGAAGAAUCCAACUCAGGCUGACAACCAGGCCCCUCCCAGUGAAGAGGAGAAGCAAGCCAUUCCCAAAGGUAUGCAGACACUACCUUGCAGCCCCGCCUUCAGCUGCAGAGAGAGAACCCCAGGGAGGGAGCCUUGAGCAUCACUUAGUCCCAUGUUCUCAAACUUCAGUCCUUCAUGUACAGACCCUCGUUGUGAUCUUUGUCAUUUCCCUCUACCAUCUUCAGUAUAGUUUUCUAU